UACACACGAUCGCUGACGAGAGCGGUUGUUUUUGGUGGACAGUUCAUCUUUUACAUCAUUGUUUUCUUGUUUAACAUGAAGGUGACAUCAACGCUCAUAAUCUUUUCGCUGCUUUGCCUUCUGGUAGUGCAAGGACGAUUUUUACAGGUAUGGAAGAUCUAAUUAACAUAUUGUCCGGCUUAGUUUGACGACUUGUUUGAAACCAUAUAACUAAUUAGCAUAUUUCACGACAAUUUUUUGUAGCGAUUUUUUACUUUUAGCUCUGUUUAACUGUGGUGGUCUCUUGCAAGCUUUUUGAGUUAUGUUGGUCAUUUUUUAAACGAAUUACGUUUAAUCUGAUGAAUAAAUUACGCAUUCAUUCUGUAUUUUAAAUGAUACUUUAUACCUAAUUAGAAAAUACUCGUCAUGAUUGUAGAUUGCGCUCAGCUAAUACCUGAUUAGAAUAUUUCACGUUAACAGGGUUGUAAAUUUCAUUUCUCAGUAUUAUACCUUAUUAGCUUAUUUCGCAUUAAAGUUUUUUAAGAAAUCGUUUAAAGUAAUACCCAAUUAGAAUAUAUCGCUCGUAUUGUAGAUUUCGUUCAAAGAAUAUCUAAUUAACAUAUUUCACGUCAAUGCAAAACUCUUUUAUAUACUCGUAUCUACCAAGUACCAGCAGGAUAGUAGAAUUCCGUGAUUUAGAUCGUGCUCAAUUGAUUUACGUAAGUCCUUACCUGAAGGCACGCCUGGUGUGAUACUGCUGCUGGGAAUAUUCAGAAAGCGGCAAUGCGCAAUACGUCUUACAUAAUAGUACUUUCAUUGAAUCUCAGUUGGAAAUAUAAAAGACUAAUUAGCAUAUUUACCGUAUACGUGAGCGUUGUAUAUUUCUUUAGGGUACUAAAUCAAGUCCGUAUAUUUCUGCCUCGAUUUCUGGCCGCAUUAGUUUACACGCAAACCGCAAUCGUGUGAUAUUUGGUAAUGUUGUAAUUUUAGCUCUGGCUAGGGAUUUAAAAGCACUUUGAGCAUAUUUUUCGUCGAAUUAACAUAUUUUGCGAGAAGCUCGUUGAUUCGGUUUGGACAUGGUUCGCCACGGGUUUUAUCAAAACAACGGAAGUCUUUAUUAUUUAAUAAUUUUCACCAGUUUGCAUAAUUGAGUACUCAAAAGUUGUUUAAGUUAUAGAAUACACAUUUCUCAUUAGUUAAUGAAACGUCGCUUUUCCUUAAACUUAAUGAACCCUUGAUAUUACUGUUUAUUACAAUGUAAUAAACCCAUGCAUGACCCACACACUUUGAUUUUUUUGCGGUGCCAGUUUUUGCGUGGAAUUGCCCUAAAAUUACAUACUUACACUAUGAAUAGACUUUAAAUUAAGUUUAUAUAUAUUAGGAGAAGAGCGUUUUUGCUAAUGAAUUUAGCUAAUAUAUCCCAGAUUAGAAAUCAACAAAUGCCUAAUUAGCAUUCUCCGCGUUAUUAAAAAUGGUAAAAAUAUCGGUUAAUCGGUUCGUAACAAGGGGAAAGUUAAACGCGCAAUUUAUUCCAAAUUAAUUGCGCACGUGUAUUCGACAUGGUCACAUGGCGGCGCGGUGAUAUUGCGUGUACCCCUUCCAAAACAGGUCACGAAAUAGCGGUUAUUUGCAAGUCGCAUAAUCGCACUCGAUAUUAGUAUAUUACCUUGAACGCACUGUGCCAGACUGUAAAGUAUUAUUUUUGCGCGGGGAACUUUUCGUCGUAAAUGGCAGUUGUGCGGAAAUGAAGGCAGAACAUUUGAGAAAAUUUCGAAAAUUUGGAGUCUCUAGAUGGUACGUCUGAAAUGGCAUUUUCAGAGUUUUCGCUCGCAAGGGCCAACACAUACGAGACAAAAUAUAUCAUUAGUUCGUCAAAAAUAUGCAGAUUUUGCAGGAUUUUCUUGAAAAUGCGCGGACAGAAAUUCAGCUAAAAUUUCGAACGCGUUCCCCACGCAGGCCAAACUUUACAGUCUGGCACUGUGCCUAUGAACUCAUAAAGUGUCUGCGUUGCAAACUACGUCAGUUAAGCUGACGUUUGAGGGCAACUGCGAACAUCACGUCGAAUUUUCGGGGCUCCCUUCCACACCUCACAUCUACACGGCUUUCCUUCACUUGUCUGUGUCGGCCUUUUGACGAAUCGACGUGAAACUUAUAGACUCCCCGUUUACGUAGCGCUUCGCAAAGUGGAUUACAAAACGUCAGCAGUAUUGCGCAGUAUUAGAUUGGGCUAAAAAUAGACAAUGUCUGAUCUUGCAAGUACGCAAUCCGUGUAAAAUUCAUCGUAUACCACAUCUCUUGGUGGGUGGGGAACGUUGUGGUCUGUGGAAUCUAUUUUUCGUUAGUAGUUAAGUUUAUACAACUUCAAAGACUCAAAGAUCAACGAGGUCAACCUCGAAGGUGAAGACGCUAAUUUUGAAAGUACGAGAGGUUAAAAUUGUUUCAUUAUUUACUUUCCAAUUGCGCUGAUUAGAGCGCUGCACCGGAAUCGCAGGGCCCAGGUUCGAUUCCUGUCAGAGGGUCACAGUUACAUUUUUCGCAACUGCUAGUUAGGUCUAAUUAAUGUUACAUUUUUCGCAACUGCUAGUUAGGUCUAAUUAAUGUAUAAAAAUUCCAGACGAAAUUUCCAACUAGAAAUCCCUUCUUUAAACAAAGGUCUGUCGAUGCAUUUACUGGCCCAGUGUUACUACAGAAAGUAGUUGAAAAUGAAUAAGAAGAAGAAACUUUAUUCAAACAAAUACCAAUAUUGGUACAUUGUAUACCUACAUAUACAUUUAGUUACAAAAAUUCCAGUCGAAAUUUCCAACUAGAAAUCCCUUCUUUAAACAAAGGUCUGUCGAUGCAUUUACUGGCCCAGUGUUACUACAGAAAGUAGUUGAAAAUGAAUAAGAAGAAGAAACUUUAUUCAAACAAAUACCAAUAUUGGUACAUUGUAUACCUACAUAUACAUUUAGUUACAAAAAUUCCAGUCGAAAUUUCCAACUAGAAAUCCCUUCUUUAAACAAAGGUCUGUCGAUGCAUUUACUGGCCCAGUGUUACUACAGAAAGUAGUUGAAAAUGAAUAAGAAGAAGAAACUUUAAUCAAACAAAUACCAAUAUUGGUACAUUGAAUACCUACAUAUACAUUUAGUUACAAAAAUUCCAGUCGAAAUUUCCAACUAGAAAUCCCUUCUUUAAACAAAGGUCUGUCGAUGCAUUUACUGGCCCAGUGUUACUACAGAAAGUAGUUGAAAAUGAAUAAGAAGAAGAAACUUUAUUCAAACAAAUACCAAUAUUGGUACAUUGAAUACCUACAUAUACAUUUAGUUACAAAAUAUAAAAUAUAAAAAAGACAUUACAUUAUAUAAACUUACAAAUAAUUUGUUCAGACUAACUCAUGCAAUAUAUCAAAAGUUCUUAGUAUAUCGUAGCAAUAUUUUAAAGAUAAUUUCAGAAUAUUUCUAUCUUUCAUACGUAGUAUAUAUUGGAACAAACUUUGCGUAUCAAAAUAUUUGAAUGAUUGGUUAAUUAAUUUUAUAAACAGAAUUAAUAAAAUUCUGUCGUAAAAAUGUAAACAUUGUGUUAACACAUGGCAUUAGGUAAUGUUGUUCAUUUCCAACUUCACACUGAUCACAAUGUUUACAUUUUCUAUCACAGCAGGCAAUUUUUUUUUAUAUCGACCAAUUUCUACUGCUAAUUUGUGUGCUGAAACGCGUAAUCUUGUAACUGCUUGACGGUACUUAAAAUUUUUAAUUUCUGAAUACGACGGCUGUGGAAUGUGGAUUGAUAGGGAUACGACAACCUGAAAAACGCAAGCAUGACCUCGACGUUUCGAGCUUCGAAAAUCGAAGUUCUAUUUUGUUCUGCCUGUAUUUUUGUGGUAGUUUUAUCCUACUAAUCCGCGGUGAUCGCAUUAUUGUGACUGCCUCCACAGAAACAGCACGUUGGAGAUUAUAUGAAUAUGGUCAAAAUGGAGCCUGGAGGCACUCCGGUAUUCCAGACACGAGACUGUCCAUGUUACAUGGUUAUUGUCAGGUUUAAUAUGCUCAAGUUCGAGAGUUGGUCUAUAUGUUAAUUAAUUUUGGUUUUCAUUUUCUACACUUUGAAGUUAUUUUAAAUUAGACUCUAUUUAAAACAGCUGCAUUAGCUUGGUAAUGAGCUUAAAUCAAAAUGCAUGAUACAAUAUUAAUAUCUCACGCCAAGCCGCAGCAUGCGAUAAUUCGCGAACUGGCUGCACAAAGGCGAAAUGGCACUUGUGUGGUACUUUGUUUUCAACCACGUAGGCCUACCAUUUUUGUCUGCGUGCUUACAUUCUGCUGGUACCAUAUGAUCUCAGCGCUGUUCAAAACCGUAAUUUAGUUAAACAAGUGAAGUAAGUUCUCUCAAAGAUUUCUUACAGAUUCUUCAAAACAUUACCUAUGCAAAAUUCCCACUGCGAUCACAGAAACUGGUAGUACAUUGGAAUACCUUUCAAAAACUUGUACUUAAUGUACUAUACUUUGAAGACUGGGCGUGAAAAAGAUUGUUUACUUUAUAAAUAAUUCGAAACGUACUGACCAUACGCGCAAGAGUGUCGAUUAAACCAGAGCGAUUAAAUCAAUAACUAUAUAAUUGGGGCCGUACUAACAACUAUAUAUGACCGCUUUAGGCUUUAUUGGAUUUGCUUAAUGUAUACAUGGAUAUUCACUAAACUAAGAAAUUAAAGUUAAUAACUCCUGCCAAAACAAUUAUUAAAAACAGAUCGAAAGUAAAGCAUAUUGGAUUAAUAACUGGAAAAACAAAAUUGCCACCAACUGUGUUGUCUCGGUACUAUAAACAUCCAUAAAUUUAUUCCAUGACCGCCUUACAUUCCUCAAGACUAGUUGUUUACUAGUAACUCGUUUUUCAACACACUGAACUUUGUUAUUAAAAGCUCUCAGCCAUAUCAGAUACGAAGUUUACGCACUAUUUAAAACACGUGCAGGAGUGCUUUAUCAGAUAUAAAACACGAGUGUGCAGCGCGAGUGUUUUUAUCUGAUAAAGCACGAACUGCGGACGCUGGGAAAAAAAUGUGAAAUCCAUACUACAAAAUUGGCAAUUGCACCACUAAAUCCAUAGUAUAUGAGUAUAUCCAUACUAUUUAGAUAUUAUAUUCAUAGUAUGGAAAUAUAUAUAGAAUAAUACAUGGGUGCACGGGAAUACCACAUUUAUUUCGAGUGUUGAACAUGAUAUCUCACGAGUGAGCGCAGCGAACGAGUGAGAUAUCAUGUUCAAUACGAGAAAUAAAUCUGGUAUUUCCAAGCACCCAUGUAUUUUUCUGUUUAUUUAGUUAAAAAACGACCCAUCUUGUGGGUUCAUUGGCGAAGUAAUUUUAAAAAUUAACGUUGUCUAUUAAAGGCGCGGAAAUCAAAGCUAAAGUUUAUAUAAAUUAAUAUGAUUUUUAUCGCAUAUUAAAAACUCAUUAAUAAUUCAUCAGAAAAAUACAAAAGAAAUGAAUGUUUAAUCAGUGUUUGUAAAUCGGAUAAAGAUUAGUCCUGAUUUACAUAAACUUCAGCUUUGAUUUUCUCGGCUUAUAGACAAUGUUUAUUUUUAAAAUUACUUCGCCAAUGAACUCGUAAGAUGGGUCGUUUUUUAAGCACGUUAAAACAUGAGCAACCGAUCUUUAUCUGAUAUACAAACUCUUGCCCUACCCCCACCUGUUACUACCUGUCUGUCCAUAGAUUUUUAAACUGCAGCUAAUCAGUGCGCAUCGAAAAUUUAACAAAGAGAUGAAUUUUGACAUUCGUUAAAAUUGGUCUAGUAUUUAUAUAGAACCAAUGAAGUCAGGAUGAACCAGAUUUUAUUUUAAAACAGCCAUAACAUUAGUUCUACUAGACUGAUUUAAAUAAUCUUGGUAUCAAAAUUCAUCUCUUGAUAACUUCAUUAAGGUUGGCAUGUGAACAGUAUAAUUAGUUGUGCAAAACUGUGGGACAUAGCUAUAUGGCAUCAUGAUUGUCAGGACACCCUGUAUUUUCCGUUGAAAAGGUUAAUACGAACAAAUCCGACUCUGAAUUACGAAAUGUAGACACUCGAUAAUGGUGACGAAUAACAAACAGGUGUUAAGCAAAUAUUUAGAUACUACUGCGUCAGCUGCAGAUCCUUUAUGCGCUUAGGUUUAAUAAUAAUCCUCUGUGGGAAUUAUAAGCCCCCUCAGUUUGCGAGUGACUUCUAAAGACCCUGACAGAACUUCUAAAGACCCUGACAGAUGCAGUAAAAUGGAAUUCGCAGUAAUAAAUACAGAAAGUUUUGUCACAUGUGGCGGCCACACUGCACAGUGACUUUACUUUAUUUAGCAAUCAACGGCAAUUAAACUUUUCAGACAUUUUCAAAUUCUUCAUUUUUUUCUUCCUAAUUUUUACCAGACAGUUGUAAAACUCAUUAAUAAUUCAUGACGAAAAUUUAAAAGAAAUCUAUGUUUAAUUAAUGAGGUGUUUUAUUCACAUAUACACAUCUCUCUUUGUAUAAACUUUUUCUUAUUUCACACCAGUUCGUUUUGAAUAAUUUCUUUUAACACAAUUGUUCAAAUUACGCUCAACACUCCAUUACAGGCAUUUGCGGCUAUGCUCGAGUUUGUAUACAAUGUCUGAUCUGACACGGUGUAUAUUACAUUCAAAUAAGUAUACAUAAACGUCAUUCAGCACCCGAGAAGUGCAAAACAAACAUUGUAAUUACUAUCUCAAUGAUUUAUUUUACUCAUCUUUCACUGGCAAGGGGCUAUAGACAAACAUAUACAUACAUUUAAGUAUCAAGUCUACUAAAUCACGAGAUUUAACUAAGCAACUAAGUCCCUCAAUACUAUGUUAUUAGUAGACAUGCGUGCGCUUCAUUAGCAUAAUUCGCUCAAGAACAAGUCCUUCACCAAUCGAGCAGACGAAGGUAUUCUUAUCUUCGUGCAACAUAUAAUAAACCGGAUAGGGUUUAUUGCCAGCGUAUAAAAUACCGUGUGUGGAAAAAAGAUUCCGCUAGCCUAGAUAUUUCACAUACUUCGAGGUGUUUUAUACCAUUUACAACAUGAGCAGCCGGGUUGUAUCGGAUAUACAAACUCAAGCCGAAGGCUAAAGUUUGUAUAUCCGGUACAACACAGACGCGAAUGUUGCAAAUGGCUUGUGAAAUGUCUUGAUGAGAACAUUGUAUUCUUCGACAAUUUAAAAUAAAUAAAUGAUAUAUUUGGUGAGAAAAUUGAGCUUAAAUUUUAUGUAAAUCAGCAUGAUUUCUGCAUCAGAUAUACAAACUCCUUCACGCUCAUGAUUUCUUUUCUGUUUUCUUCAUGAAUUAUUAAUGACUUCACAAGCCGGUAUAAUGGACAACUUUGGAGUUUGUUAUAUUACUUCUCAAACAGACUUGUAUUUAAAGAGAAAUUCAAGGCGAUAGUUGAGUUUAUGUAUUUAAAGAGAAAUUCAAGGCGUUUACACCGCGGUAGCCGCAACACAACAAACCGGUGCUUGCGUGUUUGAUAGAGUCACAAUCAUUAAUCACAUGACAUGCACAUGCUGUUUACACGUAUCAGUGACACUUGUAAGCGCAUGCGAAAUAUGCCGGUAAAGCUGCUUUUUUCAUACGUACGUACAUGGGAAAAUUUAAAUCCAUUUCGAAGAUUCUUAUGAAAUAAUUAUAUGAAUAAAAGCACAUUUAGUUUUGUGUACGAGUUAAAGUGAGGAAAUUACUGCUUAUAUAAAAUUUAGAAAGAUUUAAAUUUUCGAUAUUGGAGUACGAAGUUUUUCGAGAAUUAUCGAGAAUUUAUAUAUCGAGAAUUUGGUAUCGAGAAUUUUCGAUAUUGGAGUUCGUACUGGAGUACGGCACCCGAUUCUUACAUUUCUUAAAUUAGUAAUAUAAAAUAGUUUUUUGCAAGGUGCAACAGUUUCAGCCAGCUUGCCGUUAGCGUAUUCGGCAAAGGCGUUGCGUGCGUGCAAAGCGAAACGAAGUCGGGUCAGCUUUAGUUUUAGCCGACGGUUUUCUGUUAAUCUGUUUGACUUUUUCCCCCGACAUUUUUUAACUCUCAAAUUGUUUAUUAGACAUUUAUUGGUUAGGGUUAGGGUUAGAGAAGGGUUUGGGGUCUGUAUAUAAUAUUCCGACUGCAGUACGAAUAGCAAAUCAAGUUCGGCGCACUGUUCCAGAUACGAAUAGCCGUUAAACGUUUUCGUAUGAAAAAUGCUUAAGUGGAAAGCAGCCUUAACCAACCUUUACCAACGCUAUAUUCAUUUGUUAUCGUAACAAUAAGCUGAAUAUGUCGAUCUAGUCGCUACCAACAGUAAUCAUUGGUAGUAUUGUAAUCCACCUGUUGAAGACUUCGAAAGCUCGUAAUAAUAAAUAUUUAAAAACCAGAGAAAAACCUGGUUUCGCUUCAAACAUAUAUUUAACUACUAUAGUAUGCUUGCAAAUUCAUGCGUGAUAUUACAGCCUUCAGUUAAGUUAAUUACGCAUAUCAUGUCAUGACCCACUUAAUUAACAUAAUUUGCGAAACCACUAUAUAUAGUGAUCUGGGUUAUUCUACACUGCUUUUAAAUCAAGAAUCCUUAUUUCCUUAAUUGCCCUUAAGAAGGAAAUUGUUCUGUUAGUCGGAGUGCUCCGAUUUCUAUGAUAUACUUAGUAAUCGCAUUAGCAUGAAAUCCGCAAGGAAUACUUUAUAUGGACCGAAUAACAAAUAAAUCUAUUCUGAUUACUUCGGCUAUCGACUUUGCGUGCAAUGCAAUGCAAUGCAAUGCAAGUGUAUUUAAGGUAUCAUGCGAAUCAUGUCAUCAUUCAGUAAACUUGUCAUCCAAGACACGCGAUAUCUGGCUGCUAUAUACAUCCCCUUUUUGGUUAAUAUGCGCAAAACCGCAGUCGGUGGUGUUGUAAAUGUCUCCCCAAAACCUACCACAUGCUUGGUGAAUGCAAACUCUUCCUAGUUAAUUCGCACUUACUAUAUUUUGGUUUAUUGCUGUUCGUUUUGGUAAAAUCUCGUUAAUUAACCAUUAGCAUAAUUUCCGAGGCAAAACGUACAGCGCACGACCUUUAAUUUGCUUACAUAGUAUGCACGCAAAUUAUACAUUAAUGUCGGUGAAGGCAACGCGCGCGCGAUCGUCUGUGUGGAUAGAUCAAGUUGCUGAAUAAUAUGCGUGCAAAUUGCGUUAAAUCCAAGGUUUUCAAUAUUGGCGGAUUAAUUUGCUGAAUCGUAAUGAUAUAUACGCGUGCAAAAUAUAAUAUACGCGCGCACAUUCGUAGCUAUAGAAAUGCUUUAAAUAGUUUUUCAACAACUACAGCUGUUUUCAGGGCCGUGAGGUCGAUAGACAGGCAAAUGGAACUCGAAUUAACACCAUCAGGAAAAAAGAUUACUGCUAUUGAACAAUUACCCUUUGUUUAUCAUCGUGCUUUUACUUGGGAUAUUUAUUGCACAUGUUGUGGGCCAUUUCAACAAGGUGAAAUAGUUGGUGAAAUAGUUCCGAAAGCUAAGCCAUGGAAUGUCUCUAGUUUGCAUAGUGAUAAAAUACUGAUAUUUGUAUUUAUUCCAUCAAUGAAUGCUAGGUUUGUUGAGGUUUUUGGUUUAUAUGAAAGGUUUUUGUUUAAUGUUUAAAAUGUCGGGGAAAUGUGAGAAAUGUCUGUUUGCGUAUAUCAAAAUUAAUUCAAUUUAAUACAGCAAUUGUGAUAUUACAUUUUUAUUGUGUUUACCCUCAAGUCCCAACUAAUCCCACCCUGUCAACUUUCCCUGUGGGAGGAAACCGAAGCACCCGGAGAAAACCCACGACUUUCGGCAGAGCGUUGAGUCACUCUUUUCACAUGAGUCCGUAACGAGAAUUGGCGUACCCACGUAUUCAAAGGUGAAAGGCGAAGCCUCUGACGAACUGCGCCACCGAAGCAUCGAAACUUCUGAAUAACAUAUGUGGCUUGUAGAUUAUAGCCUUAAUUACUUUUUUUCGCAUAUUUUAUCCGAACCACUUGUGAAAUUCGUGUAUUGAUACAUUUAUCCAAUUAAAAUCGUAAGCAGAUCAAUCGUUUGUGCACGGAACAGACGCGAGACACCCGUGAAACAAAAUCGUAAUAAAUAAUGUUUUUUCAGCAAGGUCGAAUAAGUGUUUUUCAGGGAGGUUCUGCAAUAUAUAUAUCUAUACUAGCAGUUACUAUCGCAAGGGAAUUGCUGCCAAAUGCAGAAAGCUAUCUGUGGUAACUUUACAGUUAUAUAGCGCGAAUAUAUAUCAGUCAAUAAGAGGGUUAGUGACUCUUUCAAGUACGUGGCUUUUGCAAAUACGUGGCUUUUGCAAAUACGUGGCUUUUGCAAAUACGUGGCUUUUGCAAAUACGUGGCUUUUGCAAUGUCAUUUCUAACUUUCUUGGGUGACAACUGACAAGCUCCAAGGGCCAAUUUUAGGAGCUACCAGACGACGUAGUUCUGCAUAACCUCACUGGAACAAUAGAUCCACUGGUCAGGGUGGUGUUUCACGAAAAAUAUUAUAACUAUCUCGUACUGAUGGGCAGGUUAAUUAUAUACGUUAAACUACACUAUUUGCUUAUAUUAAAAUAAUAAUAUUUAUAAAUAUAGUUAAGAAUUACAUAUACUUAAUUGUAGUCAGAAAACGUUCGGCUCAAUUAGAUAAAAUGUUUUAGGUUUUAAAGAGUUGAAAAUUAGUGAAUUGUUUCAGUUCAAUGGUUAAUGAGUUUCCAUUCCGACAUUGAGUGAAUGAGUGAUAUAUAAAUUGGUGUAAACAUGUAAUUGUUGUAAACAUAACGUUGUUGCAUGUAAGUGUUGUAAACAUGUCUGGAAACAUGGCCGCGAGGCCAUUAAUUACAACAAUUACAACAAUGUUAUAUUUACAACAAUUGUGAUAUUACAUUCUUGCUGUGAACAUGGUGUUAGUUUAGUGGACAUUUUGAGAACUGUGCACUUUUUGUAUCUGCGCCAGCGCAGAUAUAAUAUAGCAAUGUUCAACAGAAUCAUUAUGUUCAAAUGUUCAAUUGGCUCUAUUAAAUUUUCCUUAGAAACUACUUAGCAAUGACAUAGUAGCAUGAUGUUGCUGAGAUAUAAGUGGUUGCCAUGAUUUCAGUACAUUCAGACAUAAGUUGCUUCCUAUUAGUCAACUAUAGCUUCAAUAUGUUUUCCUUGAUUUGACUGAAUUCACAUUGCAAUACGUCUUAAUUCUUGUGUUCAUUCACAAUCUUUAUGGUCAAUGGAAUAACCGACAACAAGAACAGCAAAACAAUAGAUACUCCGAAAAUUGAAAGCAUUUUGAAAAAUUUAUUUCGACGUUUCGACUUAAACUAUAGUCAUCAUCAGGAAAUGAAUGAUGAUGAUAUUACAUAUGUACAAGUAUAUAUAGUGAAGUAACAAGAUACGAUUAGUUAAAUAUUAAUAGAUCUUUAGAGGCUUUAGUUCCAUGUCUUGAUAAAGUAUCAACGACCAAUGAUUGGAUUUAUCUAUUAUCUUAGUGUUAGUAAAUAUUAAAUCUGUUAGUGAACAUUUAAUGUUAUUAACUUCGUCAUUAGGUGUUAGUUCGAGUAGGUUUAUUACAAAAUUGAAUUCGGCAUUACAGCUAGUAAUAUGGUACAGAUUGGUACUAGCUGUAAUGAAUUCAAUUUUGUAAUAAACCUACUCGAAUAACACCUAAUGACGAAGUUAAUAACAUUAAAUGUUCACUAACAGAUUUAAUAUUUACUAACACUAAAAUAAUAGAUAAAUCCAAUCAUUGGUCGUUGAUACUUUAUCAAGAGUCAUUGCUAUUAAUAGAAUGAAACCGUCCCUAAACCAUGGAACUGAAGCCUCUAAAGAUCUAUUAAUAUUUAACUAAUCGUAUCUUGUUACUUCACUAUAUAUACUAGUACAUAUGUAAUAUCAUCAUCAUUCAUUUCCUGAUGAUGACAAUAGUUUAGUCGAAACGUCGAAAUAAAUUUUUCAAAAUGCUUUCAAUUUUCGGAGUAUCUAUUGUUUUGUAUUUUAUCAAAAUACUCAGUGAUUCCCGUAAAAGAACAGCAAUUCACAGUAGUUUUCACCAAGCGCAGAUACAUGUACGCUUAGCGUACCAAUUUUUUAUACACCCUGUAUAUUAGAGAACUGCUACAUGCGUGAGAUUAACAUUUUGUGGCGUGAGAGUGUUGGGAGAGAAGCCAAAUUGCGUAAGGGUUGAGACGUCUGUGAGUGGUCCAGAGUGGACAGAUGCCACAAAAACCUUUAAUUUCAACAAACGUCGAUCCCCCCGCCCCCUGUUCAAUGUUGUGCGCCAUUUCUCAUAUCAGAUUGAUUGAUUGGAGAGGAGAGGAGAGGGGAGCGGUAUUGUGUGUUAACAAACUGUGGUGAUCCACUUACAAUCUAAAACUAUACAUGUGUCCCAACAGAGUUUGACUAAUGGUCGCGGGUCGCGGGUAAAAAGUCGCGUGUCGCGGGUAGAUUGUCGCGGGUCGCGGGUAAAAUGUCGCGGGUAAAAAGUCGCGGGUCGUAAAAAAGCUCCAAACCGUGUAUUUUAUUGAGUUGCGGGUUGAAUAAAGUGUGUAAAAAUCACGUUAUCAUUUAGUAAACAACCAUAUAGGAUUGCUUCAAUACGAAAUAUUGGUCGCGUGUCGCGGGUAGAAUGUCGCGGGUGAAAUGUCGCGGGUAAAAAGUCGCGGGUCGUAAGAAAGCUCCAAACCGUGUAUUUUAUUGAGUCGCGGGUUGAAUAAAGUGUGUAAAAAUCACAUUAUCAUUUUGUAAACAACCAUAUAGGAUUGCUUCAAUACGAAAUAUUGCCCAAGAGCCUUUUGUCAUGAUUUAAUGGUUCUAUAUAAACGUGCCAGAAGCCUAAAACUUGAAAGAAUGUUAAACCAACAAUUAUACCAUGACAAAAAUCCUCUAAUCAAAAAAUAUGUUCUGAAAGAAACAAACAAGACUUUGGUAGAAAUAAAUUCGGUUUACCACUACUAUUACAAUCAGUUUUAUACCAAUUUAAAAACAACCAUAUAGUAUCACAAAUAAUAGAUAUAUCCAUGCAAAUAAAUUCAGUUUACCACUACUAUUACAAUCAGUUUUAUACCAAUUUAAAAACAACCAUAUAGUGUCACAAAUAAUAGAUAUAUCCAUGCUAGGACAUUAUAAAAGUACAUUAUGAUUCACCAACAACCCGGAUAUUUAAGUCGCUGUUCUCUAGCACUUGUUUCUGGAAAGUACUGAUCGAUGCGCAGAGGCUUGACGACAACGCGCACUGAGCCACUGAAUAGCGGAUUUUUACGCCUGUAUGAUAUGGUAGAAAUUGGAUGGUAAUAUGUAUUACUAAAAUCAGGACUAUAAACAUAGGAAUGUGUAACAGGAUCCUUUUGCACUACCGUCUAUCAACGUGCUUUACAAUAAUGUUAUAUGAUUCUUGUCUAUAUUUAUCUAGAAACUCGCAAUUGCAGCCAUAACAUCUUCGAACUACUAUUGAUAAAAACCAUUAAAUAUUAACUAAAUGUUAAUGUGAUUUUUACACACUUUAUUCAACCCGCGACUCAAUAAAAUACACGGUUUAGAGCUUUUUUACGACCCGCGACUUCUUACCCGCGACUUUUUACCCGCGACCCGCGACAUUUUACCCGCGACCCGCGACAUUUUACCCGCGACCCGCGACUUUUUACCCGCGACACGCGACCCGCGACCAUUAGUCAAACUCGUCCCAACAACCUGGAAGUGAUUGUAGAUUUUCUACUGUAUUUUGGGGCCAAUAGCAAGUGUUCGAAAGCAGAUUAACUUAAUCCUAGCCCUUGGAUAACAGUUUGUUUGUACUUGAGUUUAAUCCGACGUGCCUAAAUAAGCAAAGAUUAUCCGAUAAAUUUUGUUUAUAAAACAGCUUAAAUGAUAUCAUGCAUGCUAACUAGUUAUUAAACUAAAUGCAUAGUUGAACAUGUAACAACUUGUUGGAAAAGUCUGUAAUGGAAUUUUGAACUUUUUUGGCUUGUAUAUUCAAACUUCUGAAACGGAUUCACUCAGACUAUUGUUACUAAGGGUUGGUUAAAGUUUAUUAUUAUAUAAAGUAAAGUGCUUUAUAGAGAUUUCGAGCACUGAUAAAAGUGAUAAUCUCACAUGUGAGAUUAUUUAUGAUAAUCUCACAUGUGAAAAUUAUCGCUUUUCAAUUUUCGCUUUUCUGCAAAAAUUCUCGCUUUUCAAAGACUGUCAUUUAUGUAAUAAACAGAAAAAUACAUGGGUGCUUGGAAAUACCAGAUUUAUUUCUCGUGUUACUCGAAAUAAAUCUGGUAUUUCCGCGCACCCAAGUACGUAUUAUUCUCUAUGUAAUAUACGCUUUGGCUCCAACACAAAAAUGUAAGUAAUCUUGUUUUCUUGACCGUCCCUAACUUCACCAUGAAUGACCUAAAUCCUAUAAAACGUUUAAAAUAUGCACUGCCCACCCCUUAUAAAAUAUACAACAACGGUAACUCCGAAAAGAAACAUUUUGAUAUUCUAGCUUUCCACUAAGAUUCAGUCAUCAUCAGGAUGUUUAUGUCAUUUGUUUCCUCUCGUAAACAUAAAAUACAAAACAAAAUAAUAGUCUAAUCAAUACACAUUUCAGCAUCUGGACCAAUACCAGAUUUUUAUCUGUAAGUUCCUCGUUCGAGAAGAGUUUCCCGCCGUAUACGGAAAUUCGUCUCGUGAUAUGAAUUAAGUUGAGAUGUUUUCUACAAAAACAGGUUGUUUUCCAUAAAGUAAAUCGAUCACAUUGAUCCAAUUAUAAACCUCGACAUAUUUCUAUUCAUCGAUGAACCCUUGAGAUAAAGUUAUCUGCUGACAUACUGGUACUCGAAAGAUAUUCCAUGCGCUCUCGCUAGACUAAAAUUGUCCGAAAUGAUUAAAUAAAAAUGUCAAAUUUUACAGGAAGACGCGUAGAGCUAUUUAAGUCGUAGUGGUCGUUGUCUGAGAGCUGAAAAGAACCACGGACUAUUCUUCUUUUCAUCAAUUUAGUUUUCGUGUAUGAGAAUGUAAAAAAACCCGCUAAGUUAAGAGUUUAGUAUGUCUUUGAGUAUUUAUCUUAAUGGAUGAUUGAUGUAUAAGCUGUUCACUUUUCAGGCUCGAUAAGUGCGAAUCCCUAUAGACAUAUUACACACUACAAGAGGAAAUCCAAGCUAAACUAACUUUGCUUAUAUUGGUGGGCGCCAACGGUUCGAUCUAAACGCUCUCUCUAGAGAUCCAGUAAGGGACAUUCUUUUUUCGUCAUUGUUUGUUAAGAGAAUCUGCGAAAUUUCGUAAUCCUUUUUUGGAGUGGAAUGCCUCUAGACGGCGACAAUCUGGGAGCAAUCAUUCCCCAACUUAAAAACGUACUUCCCAAAGUCCUUGAGAUGAGAAAGAUUCUGGCGGAAUUUAUUGAAAGAUAACAUAAGUGGACAAGUGAUCCACUUUCAGUGGAAUUCUAUUGCAGAGUUUUUCCUUAGGGUGGAAAAUCAGUUCGGCAUCAAUAUUUGUCUCAAUGAUUCGUGCAUGUGACUAGUUGAAGUGCCAGCCAUCUUUUGAAUGCAAAAUUCGUUACUUUUUUUAAUUAACUAAGUUUGUGAAUACAUUUUGUGUGUGUUGGUGUUAUGUACGCGAGUGAAUAUGAUGUUUGUGGUGUUUCUACUCCGAGUGUGCAUCCACACCGGACAAGCUGAAAAGUUUGCGUAUUUGAUCAUAUACUGUAACAUGUUAAUUUGCGCCACGGUGGUAAUAUCGAACCCGCGACUUUUGGGAUACUAGACAAAUGCUCUACCAACUGAGCUACGAGGUCAAUUAUAGUCGGUUCGAGUUGGCCUGGCAGGGCAUCAUAUAUUCAACUGACAUAUUCAACAAAACAUCAUAUUCACCUGAGUAUACAUAACACCAACACACACAAAAAGUAUAGUAUCUUAGAAUACAUUGAUAUCGAAGGAACUAGACUCAGUUCCGAAAUAUCUCGUAGCUCAGUUGGUAGAGCAAUUGGACUAGUAUCCCAAAGGUCGCGGGUUCGAUUCCCACCGUGGUCAGGCAAACUUUUCAGCUUGCCCAGUGUGGAUGCACACUCAGAGUAACAUCACAAACAUCAUAUUCCCCUGAGUACAUAACACCAACACACACAAAAUAAUCAUAUCAUAGAAUACACACACUGAUAUCGAAGGAACUAGACGCAGUUCCGAAAUAUCAUCAACUCGAACCAACUUGACCACGUAGCUCAGUUGGCACAGCAAAUUGGACUAGUAUCCCAAAGGUCGUAGGUUCGAUUCCCACCGUGGUCAGGCAAACUCUUCAGCUUGCCCAGGACGGUCAAAUUAACCAGAUGCCUGCAUGUUACAUUAGUCAGAGUAUGGUAGAAAGUAAGAUCAAAUAACCAGGAAACGUAUCCAGGGAUAUUAAGUUAACCAAAGCAGGGUUAUUUCUGAGUUAACCGCAGGAAACCAGGGUGUUUUAAGGCCGGCGAUUUUUGCUGCGAUUUUCUCCUUUUGGAGGAUGUGAAGGAGCAGAUUACUUAAUGAUGUUGUUAUGAGAUUUCACAACCUGGAACAUUUAUAACUCAUCCACUCCUUCACAUCCUCCAAAAGGAGAAAAUCGCAGCAAAAAUCGCCGGCCUUAAAACACCCUGCUUUCCCGCGGUUACCCCAGAAAUAACCCUGUUUGAUUAACUAAUUUAAUCCCUGGUUACAUUCCUGGUUAUUUGAUCUAAUAGAUAGAUAGAUAGAUAGAUAGAUAGAUAGAUAGAUGAUUUAUUCAGUUUUAAAAGACUUUACAGCUGAUAAUGGCUGAAUUGCGUUAAAACUUUACAAUUAUAAAAAUUUAAGAAACCUAAUGAUUAAAAAUAUUUACAAUUACUAACAAUAAAAGAAUUAUUCAUAAACCGAUCAGUUUUGGCCCUUGGAACGUUAAGUUGCCUUUUACGUCUCAGUUGGUAUGAACAGUUAUUUUCAGAUGGUAGUAGAGAUCUGAGUUUGUGGGAUUGAUCUCGAGUGAUCCCAUUAAACAACUUGCACGUCAAGAGCUGCCUGCGUUCGAAGAGGCGAGGCAGACCGCUUUCUUCGAGGGAAUCACAGUGGCGUAGCCAGACCUUCAUCUUUGGGGGGGGGGGGCGAACCGAACGCCGAAGGCGCGAGACCAUCUAGGGGGGUCCGGGCGCAUGCACCCCCGGGAACAUUUUGAAAUCUAGAGUCCCUGAAAUGCGAUUUCAAGCAUUUUGGGGGUGAAAUCUUGCAGAAUUCCGAAGAUUAUAAAGUAGAUCGAAAACAUAAAUUUUCCCAGACAUUUCUAAUUAUCUACUCGGAAUUAAAUAAAUUGGAAAAGUCACCAUCAAAAACAGAAGGAGCCGGUCAGCGUCACCUUAUUUCCCCUCUGUUAUGCUGGGGGAAGAAAAUCCCAAUGUGAUUUUGAUCAGAAAUGUUGCAUUUAAAUCAUUCUAGGUUCUAUCAGACAGCAUUUCCGCAUUCUCAAAAUUGCGUUGCUUUUUUAUACGCUACAGAAUAAGUCUGAGAAGAAUAUUCAUGCUAUGAUAAUGCAUACAUGUAAAUCUAAACUAGAUCUUUUCUUCUUGAAACCAUAUCGUACAACUGCUUUAACGAGAUUUUACAAAUCAAGUUCCUCCAGUAUAUCGUCGUUUUCCUCAGUCGAGAUGUACUUAAUCAGUUUCAGCUUCGAGGAUGUAACGUGUACCAAUUUCUCUACGGAUUUAGCCUUUUUCAGAGAUUUUUUUUUCGAUUGGGGGGGCGGUCGCCCCCCGCCCCCUUGGCUACGCCACUGGGGAAUCAGUGUAAGGCAUCCAAGGGUAGAUUAUUCUUAGAGCUCUCUUCUGCAGCCUUUCAAUGUCGUCUGAUAGGUACUUGGGUAGCGAGUUGUGAUAAUAAUACUUAUAUAUGUCCAUCUCAUAAUUUCAACAUAAAUUUAAGGACAUUUUAAGGACUAUUCAUGAUGUAUUAGAGUAUGGGAACUGAAGUGAUUUACUGAUUGUAUGCCUCUUUAUGCCUUUUAUGAAGUACCAUGAUAUUUUUUACAUAUAGUCUAUACUACUGUACUAAAAUAAUAAUAAUAAUAUUUAUUCAGGAAGCUGCACUCACCGAAGUAUUUUUCAGGGGGGGGGGCUGCAAUAAAUAUAUCUAUGAUUGUUAAAUUACUUGUUUAUAUUAAAAUUAUAAAGUAUUUACAAAUAUAGUUAAGGAUUACAUUACCUCACCUCAAUUAGAUAAAAUGUUUUAGUUUGGUUUUAAAGAGUUGAGUUAGUAGAUUGUUUUAGUUGUAUAUAGAUUAUAAUAUAGAUUAUGAUGUUUGUGAUGUUACUCUGAGUGUAUAUCCACACCGGGCAAGCUUGAAAAAUAUGCCUGAUCGCGGUGGGAAUCGAACCUACGACCUUUGGAAUACUAGCCCAAUGCUCUGCCAACUGAGCUACUAGCCCAAUGCUCUGCCAACUGAGCUACGCGGUCAGGUCGGUUCGAGUAUGUGAUAUUUCGGAACAGAAUCUAGUUCCUUCGAUAUCAAUGUAAUCUAGUAAUCAUGAUUUUUUCUGUGUUGGUGUAAUGUACUCAGGUGAAUAUGAUGCUUGUGAUGUUACUCUGAGUGUAUAUCCACACCGCGCAAGCUUGAAAAAUAUGCCUGACCGCGGUGGGAAUUGGACCUACGACCUUUGGAAUACUAGCCUGCGUGGUAGGCCCUCAGUUUUAUGGGGGGGGCAGAAUCCUACCCGUUGCAAGUCAGGCCCCCCCCCAUAAAACUGAGGGCCUGCCACGCAGGCUAGUUGGAUUAGGGACCGGUCAUUAUUUAUGGCGGGGUAGCACCGAAGAGAAAUGGUUUUCUUAGCAAACAUUUUGCGGAUCCAACCAUUAAAGAUCACGUGAAGUCCGUAAUGUACACAAACGCUUUGUUUACAUUUUGAACUCAGUGCUACAGUUGUAAAAUAUGAUUAGAUAUAUAUUAUACUGAAUUUUUAACACUCUUCUGGUUCGCUAUGCUUGUAAAUGAAUACAGACUAGAGAUUCAAUUCAAGAAAGUUCAAAAGAUACGAAAUAUUAAUAACAUUCCAACGGUCGGGUCCCGACCAUUGGAAUGUAAGCUUGCGCAGAACGUGUGCGCAGAACGUGUGCGCAGAACGGACUUUACAUGGUCUUUAAAAAAAAAAAAAAUUUGCCCAAAUCUCAAAUAUCAAUUAAAAACUAAAUACCCACCCCUGGCCAAAAACGUUACAAAAGGACACCAUUCAGUUGUCACACAUGUCCUUUACCACUUCUGUGGCACGAGUUUGAUAUAAACUGCUAAUAUAGUUACGAUGUUUUGACAAUUUUUGAAACUCAUUUAAAUGAAAGUAGGCUAUCACUAUUAAAAAUAAAAUACAUUACAAUGGAAACUCCGAAAAAAUUCAUAUUUUUAAUUCAACGUUUCGACUAUACUGUUGAGUCAGCAUCAGGAAUUAUGAAAGCUACUAAAAAUUUUACAAGUUAUAUAUACAGGUAUGAAACUUGUAAACUUUUUAGUAGCUUUCAUAAUUCCUGAUGAUGACUCAACGGUAUAGUCGAAACGUUGAAUUAAAAAUAUGAAUUUCUUCGGAGUUAACAUUGUAUUGUCAAGACGUAGGUACUAAAGUAAGGAACGACCUACAACGAUCUACAACGACCUACAACGAUAUACAACGACGCUACAACGACGCUACAACGAUCUACAACGAUCUACAACGACCUACAAAUAGAUUAUAAAAUUUCGGAAAAAAUUCAAUACAUACGAGACGGGUCGUUGUAGGAUCUUCGCAGAUCGUUAUAGGGUUGUUUUAGGUCAUUGUAGCGUCGUUGUAGGUCAUUGUAGCGUCGUUGCAGAUCGUUGUAGGUGUUCAUUAGCGCAUGUGCAAUUAUCCACUUAUAUAGCGUUCUUCUAUAAUAUAUUUAAGGGCAAAUAUAAAAAGACCUCACUCUCCAAUUUUUUAAAUUUUAAACUUUUUUUUUAUAUUUUGACAUAAAAUAUAAAAUAUAAACCUCCCGCCUCCUGGGAGUUUUUAAAAUUUAGCGAUGAGAAUCAAGGAAUUUAUUUUAUAUGGCCUUAUAAAACGUUUGUAACAAGGGACUCAUAGUCAUUAAUUAAUCCAUUAUAUUGAAAAGCGCCAUUCCUUCAGCCGGAUAGACACACAAGGAUCAAGUUACAAGUGGUUACUGUUUCACUUUUAAAGUUCGUCCAAUUUUAUCAAUCUUCUAAGCGUUUUGAAAGAAAGCCAGAAAGUAGUAAUAACAUUUUGUCGUAUUAAUAUUUGUAAAUUACAACAAAGGAAUGAUCAUUUUUAAUAACAGCUAGUUAGUACACCAUAAUCAGCCGGGGGCAGUUUUAGUGUAAACUAUUUCCAGUGUAUUUUUAUAAGUAAUAGCAUAAAAAGAGGCGAAUUAGCUAUUAAAACGUCCCGCCCGAUGACGGUCGUUUAGUAAAAUUCCCUUGGGCGCCGCUCGAUGAGGGUCAUUUAGUAACUGCACAUAUACGAGCUGUUUCCUGUCUCUGGUAUUUUUACCUUUCGAGAGUUUUCCUAAUUAACCAAUCAGACAGAAUACUAAAGCCGGGCGUAUACAUAAUGGGAUUAUAUAAGCUACAUCUUGUGUUGUUAAAAGGCAGAAACAAUAUACGAAAACAAUUUUUGGAAACGAAUGGGCGAAACGCCGGCUGUCUUGAUUUGGACAUUGAUUGGAGUAGACACGCGUCAUAGAUACUCAGACAAUAUACUUUUUGCUUUUCGCUUACGCCUUACGAAAAAAAAAAGUAACGGGCCACUUGCCUUAAUGGACCACUCGUAUGGUAUGAUUAGCAAUUAAUUGGCUUAAUUAAAGUAAUUACAUUCACAUACCUGCCCGAGGGAUGUACUCUUCAAUGUUGAUUGAGAUCUUUAUGUAGUCAAGCAUGACUGAUGAACAUUCUCUGUAAAUUUCAAAAGUAGAUAAUCCAAUUAUUGUAAAAAUAAUUCAUGAAGAAAUUUCAAAAGAAUCAAUGUUUACAGUAUAUGAGGUGUUGUAUCGACACAUACAAAAUUUUGCUGAUUUGCAUAAACUUUUUCCUCGAUUUUCUUACUUAAAAUCACUUCUUUUUUAAUAAUUUCUUAAAACACAACUGUUGAAAUCCUUACGUUUCACAAGCUCACAUACAGCAGGUUAUAACUGCAGGGGCGCCGGAACCACGGGGGCAGCGGGGGCAACUGCCCCCGUUGCCGAAACAGUGCGGGGGCGGCACGGGGGCAACAGUUUGCCCUUUUUCACCAGAACUGCGCUUCGAAAUUUGUACGGUAUUCACAUGAAUUGGAAUUUAUAACUAUUUUUAAAGCAAUGUUUAAGCAAUCUUUGCUUAAUUUUAACCAGUGAUAGAAACAUUAAUGCCAGAGGCCGCGGAAUCACUUUUGUAUAAUUCAGAGUGAUCAAAAUCAAACGAUUUUUUGUCGUUCACGAGUCGAACGAAAAAUUUGUGAAAAUAUGGAAUCCCUAUAACGUCGGUAAUGGCCUUUACAGAGUCUUUAAUACUACUGCAAAAAGGGCACUUUCUUUCUAGCCCCCAAAGAGCGCAUUUUUUCACUUUUAAAAAAGUGGGGAGGCACAUGUCCCCAUUGCCCCCAAGUUCCGCGACCCCUGAUUAAUGUUAAAUCAGGCAAUAUAGGCUACGUCCGUUUACUGAUUUUAUUUUGCGCCCACAUGGUGCAACAAAUAAAAUUGUUCAAAAUUAAUGUCGAAGUUUGCCCGCCCACAAUAGCCACAAGUAAUCGGGUAUCCAUACAAUAAAGUUUUAACAAAUAUUGCCGCCCAGAGAAAUGAUGGCUGAGAAGCAAGUAAAAGCCCUUUUGAAAUGGCUGCCCCCGCCGCUUCACAUUGCUUCCUGCGCCCCUGUAUAACUGAUCAUCUACCCAUGCAGUAUAAUUAAAGUUAGUUUAGAUUUCCUCUUGUAGUAGCACUGGACAAUUAAUUAGCCAUUUCCUAAUCGAGCAGAGGACUGGAUCUAGUCGCUUGUUUGGAGGGACAAACAUAAACGAUAUACCGACCCCUCUGCUCGAUUGGGAAAUGGCUAAUUAGCAGCUGCUCUGACUUAUUGGACCUCCUAGGGAAAACAGUUUACAACUGAUAAAGCUAUAUAUAUACUUUUCCACUUAGUUUAUGAUUAUAUUCAAUUUUUAAUUUUUGAUACGUUUACUUUAAAAAUAUGUCGAGCACUUUAACUGUAAAAUUCUGUUAAAAUGAAGAGAUUUUAGAUGGUGACAGAGUGUUAGCCAGAAGUAAAAAAAAUCCGCGUUUACCUGAAAUUGGGAAAUUUUAUUUUAGACUGAAGCCGGGCAUUUCUUUGUGGGUCUGGGGGCAUGCGGUUGCCCCCUCUCAAUUUUAAAAAAAAUUUGUGUCUUUGAAAUGGCAUUUUCCCCACAUUUUGGGAGUAAUUUUGAGCAAAUUUAGUUAUAAACAUGUUUUUAAUGGCGUAUUAACAACAUUGAAUUUUUAUAACUAUUUUUUGGCUGACCCAAAUUGGGAAAUUGAUGUCUGAAGUUCAGUAAAUAAUCACUAUAUAAUUGCCUCUUAAAUAACAAUAACCUUGUUUCAGCGAUGGAAAGUAAACGCACAAUGUGAUUUGCCAGAAUGUUGAACAAUAAGGACUUAAAAGCACAGUUCAGCCUUUUGAAUAUAAUGGUUUUUAAGGCGCAUGUUACAGCCCUUUUAAUUGAAAAACUAACCAGGACAAGAUCAGCAAACUCAAUGUUUUUAACAUUUUAAAACAUUUUUAAUAUUGUUAAAAAACAUUGAGUUUACUGAUCUUGAAUUAUGCAUAAUUGAUUUUCCCAGUUAGUUUUUCAAUCAAUAAAAGGGUUGUAUAAUGGUCUUAAAAACCAUCAUUCAAAAGGUUGAACUGUGCCUUUAACGGACCUCUAGGGAAAACAGUUUAAAACAGUUAAAGCUAUAUUCUAUCUAUCUAGUAUAAAUGAAAUUAGCUUAUAGUUUGGUGCAGAAUUGAGUUUGUAACAAUGACCUAUUUUUCCUUUAGCGCUGCAAAGUAAACGCACAAUGUGAUUUUGGCGAAUGUUGAACAAUAAGGACUUACGGAUUCUAGGGAAAACAGUUUAAAACUGUUAAAACUAUAUUAUAUCUAUCUAGUAUAAAUGAAGUUAGCUUAGUUUGGUACAGAUUGAGUUUGUAACAAUGACCUAUUUUUCCUUCAGCGCAUGUUGUUCCUUGGCGAAUGUUGAACAAUAAAGUCUAGUUUCCAUUUGGUCGUUAGUUGUCGCUGGCACGACAAGCGGUAAAUGUGAAAUAGUCUAAUAUAAUAAUAGUAUGUUCGUGUGUUAUAUGCAAAUCAGUCUUAAUGAUUGCAGAGUUUUAUAAAGUUUUGUUGACACUCUAUUACAUCAGCCACUUGUCGUGCCAGCGACAACUAACGACCAAAUGGAAACUAGGCUUAAGGACUUACGGAUUCUAGGGAAAACAGUUUAAAACUAUAUUAUAUCUUUAAUAGGAAAAAUCAGCGAUACAAAGUUUGUGAGUCGACGUUUCGAUGUCAUCAUUUACCAUUAUCAAGACUAAGACUAGCUUAUUUUUAUCUUAGUCUUGAUAAUGGUGUUAUGAUGACAUCGAAACGUCGACUUACUGACAAACUUUGUAUCGCUGAUUUUUCCUAUUAAAUGUUUAAAGAGAAGACUUUUAUUAUAUAUUAUAUCUGACUAGUAUAAAUGAAGUUAGCUUAGUUUGGUGCAGAUUGAGUUUAACAAUAACCUAUUUUUCCUUCAGCGCUGCAAAAAAACCGCAGACUGUGAUUUUGGCGAAUGUUGUUCAAGACGACGAUGCAAGCACAGACUUCCAGCAGGAUACCGCUGCAAUGCAUACCGCAUGUUCAUAGGUCUACAAUGCCCGUGUGCGCCUGGCUACAGCUGCAAGAAUAGAUCGAAACACUCGUCUCGAAGAAGAACGUGUAAACCAAUGAAUCGGCACUACCCGGAAAUAAUCGAAUCCAAAGUUAUCGAAUGA